AUGGACAACAACAUGGAAAUCGAUACGGCGCGUUCGCCCGAACCACACCACCUCUCGCCCACGAGCGACCCCGGCUCUAUACCGACGUUGGAUGGCUGGAUCGAGAGUUUGAUGACGUGCAAGCAAUUAGCGGAGGAAGAUGUGCGGCGGCUGUGCGAUCGGGCAAGAGAGGUAUUGCAGGAUGAGUCAAAUGUCCAGCCUGUGAAAUGCCCGGUGACAGUUUGCGGCGAUAUUCACGGCCAAUUUCAUGAUCUAAUGGAGCUUUUCCGCAUCGGCGGUCCUAAUCCCGACACAAACUAUCUCUUCAUGGGUGACUAUGUCGACCGCGGAUACUACUCCGUUGAGACCGUGACCCUUUUGGUCUGCUUGAAGAUCCGUUAUCCCCAGCGUAUUACUAUCCUUCGUGGAAACCACGAAUCUCGCCAGAUUACCCAGGUAUACGGUUUCUACGACGAGUGUCUCCGCAAAUAUGGCAAUGCCAAUGUGUGGAAGUACUUCACCGACCUCUUCGACUACCUCCCCCUCACAGCUCUCAUUGAGAACCAGAUCUUCUGUCUGCACGGUGGGCUGAGCCCAUCGAUCGACACUCUCGACAACAUUCGAUCUUUGGACCGUAUUCAAGAAGUCCCCCAUGAGGGGCCCAUGUGUGAUCUGCUUUGGAGUGAUCCGGAUGAUCGCUGCGAGGCGUUCAACCACAACAACGGCUUGACUCUGGUCGCUCGGGCGCAUCAACUGGUGAUGGAAGGAUAUAACUGGUCGCAGGACCGAAACGUGGUGACCAUCUUCUCUGCGCCCAAUUACUGUUACCGCUGCGGGAACCAGGCCGCUAUUAUGGAGAUUGAUGAGCAUUUGAAAUACACAUUUCUACAAUUUGACCCUUGCCCCCGAGCGGGAGAACCCAUGGUAUCGCGACGAACCCCCGACUACUUCCUGUGA